AUGGCAGAUCACGAAGAUAUUGAGACACAAUUGGCAGUAUCUGUUAUAAACGACAUCAAACUAAGUGAUAAGAAGAGACAAGGCGACAAACAGAAAUUUACAGAUAAAUCAGAUCGAGCAACAGCAGAACAAGUGUUGGACCCACGAACACGUAUAAUAUUAUUGCGGCUUAUCAAUCAGAACGUUAUUUCCGAAAUACAUGGCUGUAUCAGUACCGGGAAAGAGGCUAAUGUAUACUACGCAACGAGUGAUGCAAGCGCAAGGGCAAUAAAAGUUUACAAGACUUCGAUUCUAAUUUUUAAAGACCGCGACAGAUAUGUCACAGGCGAAUUCAGAUUUCGUCAUGGAUACAGCAAACAUAAUCCUCGUAAAAUGGUGAAAUUAUGGGCAGAGAAGGAGAUGCGAAACCUGAAAAGACUCCAGCAGGCUGGAAUACCGUGUCCGGAACCUAUUUGUUUAAAAAUGCACGUGCUUGUUAUGGGUUUUCUCGGUAACGAGCGCGGAUGGGCAUACCCGAGGCUAAAAGAUGCGAAUAUCGGAGCGGCAAAGUAUCCCGAGCUGUAUUAUCAAUUAAUAAAAUACAUGCGAAUAAUGUUUCACAAAUGUCGCUUAGUCCAUGCUGACUUGAGCGAAUAUAACCUCUUAUAUAACUCUCGUAAGCUAUACAUUAUCGACGUUUCUCAAUCGGUGGAGCAUGACCAUCCAUAUGCACUGGAUUUCCUACGAAAGGAUUGCGCCAACAUUACUGAUUUUUUCAAAAAGAAACAUGUAAGAGUGAUGAGCAUUCGGCAGUUAUUUGAUUUUAUCACAGAUUUGAGUUUUGGUUUUGAAGAAAAGGAAAUGGAGGAGGAGUUGGACAAGAUACAAGAAAAACUACUACAAGAACCAGACGUAGACUUGACCCACGAACAAAAGAUCGAUCGACAGAAUCUAGAAGAAGUCGAAGAAGAGGUGUUCAAGAAUGCUUACAUACCGCGAACAAUGGUUGAAAUAUUGGACGCAGAAAGAGACGCUUUCAAAGUGCCUGAGGAUGAUGAAGAUGAACUUAUAUAUCGUAGAUUGAUGGGUUUAUCCAUAUUCGAUAAGAAAACUGCCAAGGAAAUGGCAGAGGCCGGGAUGCUCGAAGAGAAUGAAGUUUCAGAGAACAGUGAAGAAGGAAGCGAGAGCAACUCUGAAGAAGAAAAUAGCGCUGAGGAUAGUAAUGAUGAGGAUGAAGAGCAGGAUGAUGACCACGAACGAAUAACAAAGAAAACACCAAGAGGAAAGAGACAUGAAGACAAAGAAGCCAAGAGAGAACGUAAAAAGGCCUCUAAAGAAGAAGCUCGUGAACGACGAAAAAACAAAAUGCCCAAAGCUGUUAAAAAAAGAAAAAUCAAAGCAACGUCUAAAAGAAAUGGUUGA